UCUAUUAUAUUCGCUUAACUUUAUUAAAGAGGAGUAAGGUUAUAAUAUAAGCAUUAAGCAAUAACAAAUUUAAUUUGGAUAUAAUGUUACGUCGUCUCACGACUUCGAUUAUUCCAUCUCGUGGUGUAAAGCAAUUGGUUAACAUAAAAUGGGUUAGACCGGAAUACGUACCUGCCUAUAAGCAAGAAAGAUCGGGUGAUUUAGAAGCUCUCCCAAAAAUCCCUACGAAUGCUGUGCCUGAAGUGUAUGCGUUAACUGAUGAAUUAAAAGAUGCUCCAGAAUCGGUUAAAAAGAUUUUCUCCGUGGAACACCUUGGAAAGAAAGAAUAUAAUGCCCUUGUUAAGAAAGAAUUAAUAAAUAGAGUACGAAGACAUCAGUAUGAUGACAACACAGCAGAAACCAGAAUUGCAAGAAUCACUGGACACAUCCGCUGUCUGCAAGAUACAAUGGAAAAAUUUCCACGUAAUGUAAAAGCUAAGCAAACAGUUCAAGAAUUAAUAGAUAAAAGAAAAAAGUUAUUGAAAUUUUUAAGGCAGUAUGACUAUAAGAAGUUUGAAUGGCUGCUAGAAAAGCUGAAUCUUGAAUACAAAGCGCAUCCAGAGACAUAUUACAAAUUAUCACGUAAAGAAUCCUUACGCAAGUUAACUGAAAUGCACUGUGAGGAUAUACGUCGAAACAAACUUGCAGACUACAGGAAUUUGUUAGAAAGUCAACAGGGACCUUUCCUCAAACAGAAACUUGAAGCAUUGAAGUUCAUAAAAAGCGAGCAGAUAGAAUUACAACUACCUGUAACUGUUUCGGAACAAGAUAUCAAGAAAGUCGAAGAACAAUUAGAGGAUUGGAGAAUAAAAGAUGAAAUCAAACAACAAGCUAGGAAAAAGAAGAGAAACAUUCUCUUAGACUAAAUCAUUAAAGCUUAUAAAUAUUUUGUUUAGGAAAUAAAAGUCAAUAAACUAUGAAAA